ACAUGAGUUUGGGUCUUCCAAAAUGGCCGGGAAAUAAAGAAAUGGUCAUCAAGAGUCCCAUUGAACUUUCUUGUUAAAAACAGGUGGUAUUUUCGUAAAUAUCAAGUACUAGUUUUAUGGAAGAAUCUUAUCAAGAGGGAAAGGAAGACAUAAACUAUGACGUUUGGAGACUUCGCAAGUGGCUAGUGAACGAAAAAUGUUGCAAUGAUAUACUCCCUUAUCAGGAAGAACUGGUUACAGGGUUUGCCGAUUUAUGUCAGUUUCAACAGUCUUUGGUAGAACAAGUGACGGGAACCGAUGACUUUGCUACUAUUUUGGUAAAGAAUUUGAAAGAAUUGGAACUCGAAAGAAUUCGAUAUUUGCUCAAGGAAUAUUUGAGAACUCGGUUGCGCAAGAUUGAAAGUUUAUUGUUUUAUUUAGGGAGAGAUAAGGAAAAAUGGAGUUUGCUUUCCUCAGCAGAAACCGAGUAUAUGAAACAACUAUAUCAACUGAUGACAAGCCACUUUGAACGAUCCUUUCUUAAUGGGUUACCAGAAAAACUGCGUGCUAUCGAUGAGAGAGAUGGAGAUAACCCUCCAGGAAACUUGGAUGAUAUGGACGAGUUUGUUUUCUUAUAUGCAGCAGAGGAAAUAGGCAAUGUGACGACAGACCCUAGUUCUCAAGUUACGAGUACUAUUCACAUUCGAAAAGGUGAAGUUGUAUGUCUAAGAUAUUCAGUUGCAAAGCAGUAUUUGUUGGACGAAUCUGCUUUUCUUCUUUAAAAGAGCAAAUGUAUGUGAAAAAGUCCA